AUGCGUAAUCUCAAACACCACGAGCAGAAACUUCUUAAGAAGGUCGACUUUGUCAAUUGGAAGCAGGAUGCAAGUCUGCGUGAAAUAAAGGUUAUGAGGAGGUAUCAUUUGCAAGGAAGAGACGACUAUGCCAAAUACAACAGACUUUGCGGAUCGAUGAGGCAGAUGGCACACAGAUUGAGUCUGCUAUCAGCGCAAGACCCAUACCGACACCAAAUGGAGACUCAGUUAUUGGCCAAGGGUUAUGAGAUGGGACUGCUCAAUAUCGGUUCGAAGCUUAGCGACGUGGAGAAGAUCAGCGUGGCUAGUUUCUGCAGGAGAAGAUUGGCCGUUGUUUGCGUGAGGAAUAAGCUCUGUGAGAGCGUGAAGACUGCUACUCAAUAUAUCGAGCAAGGUCAUUUGCGUGUUGGUCCAGAUACAAUUACAGAUCCAGCCUUCUUGGUAACGAGGAAUAUGGAAGACUUCGUUACAUGGGUAGACACGUCCAAGAUCAAGAGAACUGUAAUGAACUACAACGAUGAGCUUGAUGACUUUGACCUGCUGUGA